CCAGUCUGAGCCCGAACAGCGAAUGCCUAAGCAGGGAGGAGAAAUGUGGCAGAGAGGUUGAAAGAUGCACGCAGCCAGAGCGUGAAGAAAGCGAAGAGAGCCCUUUGCGAGGAGUCCAUGGACUGUGCCAUGGAAGCCAGCAGGAGGUUUUUGUUUCUCCUCCUUUAUCUUCGCCUGGGCGUCCUUCAGACUUCCCAGCAAGUGCUCAGGAUCGGGGGGAUAUUUGAAAUGGUGGAAAAUGAACCUGUUAAUGUUGAAGAACUAGCUUUCAAGUUUGCAGUCACCAAUAUUAACAGAAACAGAACACUGAUGCCUAAUACUACAUUGACCUAUGACAUCCAGAGAAUUAAUCUCUUCGAUAGUUUUGAAGCCUCAAGACGAGCAUGUGACCAGCUUGCUCUGGGGGUAGCUGCACUAUUUGGACCAUCCCACAGCUCAUCAGUCAGUGCAGUACAAUCUAUCUGCAAUGCACUUGAAGUUCCACAUAUUCAGACACGAUGGAAACAUCCAACAGUGGAUCUCAAAGACUCUUUUUACAUCAACCUUCAUCCCGACUAUGCAGCCAUCAGCCAGGCAGUUUUAGAUUUGGUGCUACAUUACAACUGGAAGAUAGUAACAGUUGUAUAUGAAGACAGUACAAGUCUAAUUCGUCUGCAAGAGCUCAUCAAAGCCCCUUCAAGGUAUAACAUUAAACUCAAAAUACGCCAAUUGCCCUCUGGAAAUAAAGAUGCUCGGCCAUUACUCAAGGAGAUGAAGAGGGGCGGAGAGUACUUUGUGGUAUUUGAUUGUUCACAUGACACAGCAGCUGAAAUCAUGAAACAGAUUCUCUCCAUGGGAAUGAUGACUGAAUAUUAUCACUACUUUUUUACAACUCUGGAUUUGUUUGCACUAGACCUGGAACCCUAUAGAUACAGUGGAGUCAAUAUGACUGGAUUUCGUCUGCUCAACAUUGACAAUACACAAGUGGCUUCUGUUAUUGAUAAGUGGUCAAUGGAAAGAUUACAGGCACCACCCAAGCCAGAGACUGGACUCCUGGAUAGCAUGAUGACUACAGAAUCAGCUUUGAUGUACGAUGGCGUCUACAUAGUAGCAGUGGCGUCCCAACGGGCCUUCCAAAUGACAGUCAGCUCUCUCCAGUGUCACCGGCAUAAGCCAUGGCGGUUUGGAACUCGCUUUAUGAAUUUGAUAAAAGAGGGCCACUGGAGUGGUUUGACAGGACGGAUUUCUUUCAACAAAACAGAUGGUUUAAGAAAAGAUUUUGAUUUGGAUAUCAUCAGCCUGAAGGAAGAAGGAAUGGAAAAGAUUGGGAUUUGGAACUCAAACCGUGGCCUUAAUAUGACUAGCUGCAAUAAAGACCGGUCUACCAAUAUAACAGAUUCACUAGCAAACCGGACACUCAUAGUCACCACUAUUUUGGAAGAUCCCUAUGUCAUGUACAAGAAAUCUGACAAACCUCUCUAUGGUAAUGAGCGAUUUGAAGGUUACUGCCUGGAUUUAUUGAAGGAGUUAUCAAGUAUUUUAGGCUUCAUCUAUGAAGUAAAACUAGUAUCUGAUGGAAAAUAUGGAGCCCAGAAUGACAAAGGAGAAUGGAAUGGGAUGGUCAAAGAACUCAUAGAUCAUAAAGCUGACCUGGCAGUUGCUCCCCUCACUAUUACCUACGUAAGAGAAAAAGUAAUAGACUUUUCAAAGCCAUUCAUGACGCUGGGAAUCAGUAUUUUGUACCGGAAGCCUAAUGGCACAAAUCCUGGGGUUUUCUCCUUUCUAAACCCUCUUUCUGCUGAUAUUUGGAUGUAUGUGCUGCUAGCCUGCCUGGGAGUCAGCUGUGUGCUCUUUGUCAUUGCACGGUUUACACCCUACGAGUGGUAUAACCCCCACCCAUGCAACCCUGACUCAGAUGUGGUGGAAAACAAUUUUACUUUACUUAAUAGUUUCUGGUUUGGAGUUGGAGCUCUCAUGCAGCAAGGAUCAGAGCUGAUGCCAAAAGCUCUUUCCACCAGAAUAGUAGGAGGAAUAUGGUGGUUUUUUACCUUAAUUAUAAUAUCAUCCUACACUGCUAAUUUGGCUGCCUUCUUAACGGUUGAGAGGAUGGAGUCACCUAUUGAUUCAGCAGAUGAUUUAGCAAAACAAACUAGGAUAGAAUAUGGAGCUGUUAGAGAUGGAUCAACCAUGACUUUUUUCAAGAAAUCCAAAAUAUCAACAUAUGAGAAAAUGUGGGCAUUUAUGAGCAGCAGGCAACUGACAGCUCUGGUGAAGAACAAUGAUAUAGGCAUCCAGCGGGUACUCACUACUGAUUAUGCUCUGCUGAUGGAAUCAACCAGUAUAGAAUAUGUCACGCAGAGAAACUGCAAUCUCACCCAGAUUGGGGGACUCAUUGAUUCAAAAGGUUAUGGUGUAGGAACUCCCAUUGGCUCUCCUUAUAGAGACAAAAUCACCAUUGCCGUUCUCCAGUUACAAGAGGAAGGAAAGUUGCACAUGAUGAAGGAAAAGUGGUGGCGAGGCAAUGGCUGCCCAGAAGAGGACAGUAAAGAAGCUAGUGCCCUCGGCGUGGAAAACAUUGGGGGCAUUUUCAUAGUGCUUGCGGCAGGACUAGUUCUUUCUGUGUUUGUAGCUAUUGGAGAAUUUGUUUACAAAUCAAGGAAAAAUAGUGACAUUGAACAGUGUCUUUCUUUUAAUGCCAUAAUGGAGGAGCUUGGAAUUUCACUCAAACAUCAGAAGAAAUUAAAGAAAAGAUCAAGAACUAAAGGGCGUACAUCUUUCACAAAUAUCUUUACUUGUCAUCAAAGACGGACUCUUAGAAAAGAAACCAUGGCUUGAAUAAAUGCAAUUUUCCCAGUAGGAAAUAUCAGGAUAGAAGGCAAAAACAAACCUUGAUGUCUACUCAUGAAAAGACAACUAUUUUAUUUCAGAGUCUGAUUUUCUUCUUUUUAAUCCAGAGGAAAUACAACAGAUUCAGUCUUCGCUUAUGAUUCAUCGACUACUAAUCAUCCCAAAGCAUUUCAUCCUUAGUUUUGGAAUAAUAUCACUAUUUUGCAUCCCUUUGCUUUUCCCUAUUAUUUGCUGUAUGUGCUUUAUACAUAAAUAA